UCUUGUUUUUCUUCAAACAUUCGUGUUAAAAAUGUUCACAUCCAGUCGACUUUACAAUGAAAGUGAUUAUAUCUCUACUGGUGUCUGCCUCUAAAGGUUAUAUUUAAACUUGCAGUAGUUAAACAUUGAUAUCGACUUGGGCAAAGUUCACCUGCUCCGCUGCUCGUCUUGCAUCGUGGAUGUAAAGGAGGUCGCCUUGACGGAAACGUUUCUGUAAUGUACCAGUAAGCUUUUUAAAACCAAUAUAUAGUAUAUAUUUUUUCUUACAUCGUCCAGUGUAUUACAACCAAGGUAAUGGUCAAGCCAAGGUAGAUGCAACGCAACGGAAGUCCCGCCUUUGUGAAGCCCAUUGGCUCUUCUAUCCAAUCGUAAAGCCGGUAAGUGUCCCUCGAGCCAAUGGGAUGAAACCAGGAAGUAAUCGCACAACAGGGAGAGAAAACAUUCCUUUAUUAUUUCUAACAGCCGUGGCAACAUGUUAUUAACGAGUUUGCUUUAAAACAUCAGUGCUUGUAUAAUUACAAAAAUAUAGACGUUACUUACAUCUGGACGUUUAGAAGUUAAACAUCGCCGUCAACACGGGCAAAGUUCAGGCGCUAUGCUGCUAGCAUGAUGGAGGUAAAAGACGCGGAGAGGUGUUGCUGUGUUGUGACUUUAACGGAAGCUUUUUCCACCAAAGUACACGUAAGCUUUAGUGGUAUUCUCAUUCAACCCGGAGCGGUAAUAUGCACCGGCCUCCCGUUUUUUCGGUUCAUUGCCGACGAAAAGCCCUCACAUGUAAAACACCGGUGUCUGUUUCGUCACGACUUCCGGGAAACACUUCAAAUCAGCCUUACGUUUCCGGGGAGGCGUCGCCUGGAGGCUAAUCCAUGCAGACUGAACCAAGCGUGUCCACCUACCAGAGGCACAACACAGCAAUAUGAAGCUGAGUUGCAAAUGCUGGUCAACUGCUUGGAGUUCAAACAGGCUUUCCAGGCGGUUUUCCAGGAGGCUGACAGGUGGCGUUUCCAUAGCGACGAGGACAAUGAGCUGAUCCAAGACGCCGACUACCUCAGCUGGUUCGCCGUACUCAAGACUGGCAAGCACCUAAAUCCGAGUGCCGCCUCCUGGGAGAAGAGCUCAUGCCUUCAGAAAGGCUCACCAGUCCUGGCAUGCGGGUCGCCGUUCGGUUCUCUGUGCGUGGACCUCUUCAUCAGCACCAUCAGCAGAGGCAUCAUCAGCAACCUCGCAGGAGAGGACAACGCCGUCAUCCUCACAGACGCCCGCUGCGUACCAGGCACAGAAGGCGGCGGCCUGUUUGCGCUGAAAGACUCGGGCCGCCUGCGCCUCAUCGGGAUGAUCGUGUCGCCGUUUGGCUGGAAGGCCAACGAGUGGAUCAGCCUCACGCUCGUCUGCUCAGUCCAGCUGAUCUUCAGGAACAUGAUCCGAUGCGCUGACGCUCAAGAUCCGCUCCGAGAUGCAUGCCUUCAUCCCGCCGAGGUCCUCCCGACUCCGGAGUCCACCACUGGUCCGUACACGCUCGUGUGCUUGGUGGACAGCGGGCAGCAGUGGGGCUCGGGGGUGCUUGUGACCUCUGACCUGGUUCUGACCUGCCGACACGUAGUCAACGGGAAGUCCGCCGUCGCAAUGAAGUUCCACCACAGGGACAGAGUCCUCCAUAGUGUAGGUGAUGUCAUCUUUUCCACAAAAGCAUCGUCUUCCUACGACGUCGCCGUGGUCCAGUUGAGAGAACCCAUCCCGGACGCCAAAGUCCCUCGAAUGGCUCAGAAGUUCCACCCAGGUGAAAGUCUGCUGGUGGUGGGUUACGGCGGCUUGGGUCGCAGGUGCGGCCCGUCCUGGACAUGCGGCAUCCUCUCCAAGGUCAUCAGCCUCCACCAUCAGCCCGUCAUGCUUCAGACCACGUGUGCAGUGCAAGCCGGGGCCAGCGGGGGCGCUGUGGUGCGGGCAUCCUCCGGCGAGUUGCUCGGCAUCGUAUCCAGCAACACGAGAGACACGGCCGCCGACGUCACCUACCCGCACCUCAACUUCUGCAUCCCGGUCACCGUCCUGCAGGGAAUGUUACGCCGGUUUCAUCAGCAGGGCGACGUGGCGGCGUUUAAAGCGCUGGACACCACAGAGGAAGAAGUCAGAAGGGUGUGGAGGCUGCAACACGCGCAGAGUAAACUGUAGGCGGCGCUGCGUCGGACCGACGAAGGUAGGAUGCUCAAAAGGAAGAAGUUUGGACUUCUGGCUUAUAAAGUUGCCACAAGUUUGGGUUUUUUUUCGCUGAGCUGUAAAAGCGUCAGCGAGUAAUUGGCUGACAGGUUGCCGCUAGUGAUUGGUCCCGUUGGGCGGCGGCGUUGAGAUCCGCCAGACAUCUGUUAGGUUGCGUCAUCCACAGCCAACGCGCUCGAUGUUUCAUCCAUCGUCGCACCUUCGGGGUUAACACUUUUAAAAUAACAACUGUGACCACCUGAGCAUGCAUACUGUACAGUACGCCUGAACAUACUGUACAGUACACCUGAACAUACUGUACAGUACACCUGAACAUACUGUACAGUACACCUGAACAUACUGUACAGUACACCUGAACAUACUGUACAGCCCCGCUUUUUUAACUGUGUACUAACCAAUGAAUGUUGUAUUUCGGUGUGUCUUUUAUUCGGUUUACUUGCUCUAUUCAACUUCAUUCUUUUGUAAAGUGUCUUUGAGUAUCUUGAAAAGCGCUAUACAAAUAAAAUGUAUUAUUAUUAUUAUUAUUAUUACAGUACCCUGCAGGUCGACACCCUUGAUGCUAGCUGUAGCGUUCCUUAUAAUAAUAAUAAUAAUAAUACAUUUUUAUUUGUAUAGUGCUUUUCAGAGUACUCAAAGACGCUUUACAGUAGAUAAAAUGAAAUAAAAAAUAGAGUUGAGUAAAAAACUGAGUAAAAGAUGCAUUAAAAUACAAUAUCCAAACAAUAUUGCUACAUGCACCCAAGAAGGAAGUUAUGCUAAUACUUCAAAUGUUACCAUGGAUGUGCCUGCACGUUACUACACGCUCACGGCACGGAUGGACAAGUUUUUUUCCCAGCAUUCAUUCAUUUUCUACUGCUUUUUCCUCACGAGGGUCGCGGGGGGUGCUGGAGCCUAUCCCAGCUGUCUUCGGGCGAGAGGCGGGGUCCACCCUGGACUGGUGGCCAGCCAAUCACAGGGCACAUAUACGUAGACAAACAACCAUUCACACUCAUAUUCAUACCUAUGGACAAUUUGGAGUGGCUAAUUAACCUAGCAUGUUUUUGGAAUGUGGGAGGAAACCGGAGUACCCGGAGAAAACCCACGCAUGCACGGGGAGAACAUGCAAACUCCACACAGAGAUGGCCGAGGGUGGAAUCGAACUCGGGUCUCCUAGCUGUGAAGCCUGUGUGCUAACCACCCGGCUGCUGUGCAGCCCUGGCUCGGUAUAUUUUUCAUCAAAAUAGUAGUCAUGCCAAAAUGUUGUGUUGCUGCUGGAUGUUCACAGUAUCCGAGUGAUACUGUCGUGUGGGUGAUGGAGCCUAUCCCAGCUGUCUUCGGGCAAAAGGCGGGGUCCACCCUGGACUGGUGGCCAGCCAAUCACGGGGCACAUAUAGACAAACAACCAUUCACACUCAUAUUCAUACCUAUGGACAAUUUGGAGUGGCUAAUUAACCUAGCAUGUUUUUGGAAUGUAAAUCGGAGUACCCGGAGAAAACCCACGCAUGCACGGGGAGAACAUGCAAACUCCACACAGAGAUAGCCGAGGGUGGAAUUGAACCCUGGUCUCCUAGCUGUGAGGUCUGCGCGCUAACCACUCGCCCGCCGUGGAGCCCGAAGGUGUGAAAACGGCACACAGAGAGCCUGGAAGGUACCAUGUUUAUCACUUUUUAUUAAACACAACAACCCAUCCACAUGAUGACACGAUGCACACUUGCCACCUAAGAACAGGGUCUGGCUCGCCCACGGAGGCCUCGGUGGAGGGGCGUGUCCCGGUACACACGGUCGAGUAAUUAGUAUUUACAGGCUAGCGUGACGCGUGAGGAACUUUUCCAAGUCAAGAAUGAGACGGGCACGACUGCCACACAUGAGCUGAAGCGCACGAGGCGAGGACGGCGGAGUCCAAAAGGGUGCGUUCCCGGGUCCUCUGCAUCCUAAAACCUAAUCUAAGUCGGGAAAGGAGAGAUGGUUUGGAACUACUUGCUGCCGAAAGUCUCCAUGAAGCCAGCGAGAGAACAGCUCAAAGAGGUCAAAGGACGUACGAGAGAAUAGAAGAAAGAUCCACAAAUGAACGACAUGGGUGAUAUGUUCCCUUCCACUACAUCCCUGCUACCUUGGUCUCCUCUCCUCCUUGGACACGUCGCCUCCUUGAGACCUUCCUGGCAGGAUCUUCUUUGUUUGCGUGUUUGGAAGAUGGGGAUGCGGUCGGAGAGAGGCGUGGCUCCUCUUACCAGAUGUAACCCUCGUCAUCCACCUCGCCCUCCUCCUCCUCCGCCUCCUCCGCCGUCUCCUCGCCUCCUUUCUCCUCCUCGUCUUCCCAUCCCACCGCGCUGCCGGAGUCGCCGGAAUAGGCCGCUUCGUCGUCUGCCAACGGAGGGACGCGACAUUAGGUACGCCUGCUGAUCGGAUACGAUCCACGAACACGUGGUACAGUAUACUGUAUAUCCUUAUGGAUGCAGUACAUACUGAUAGUACAGUAUACUGUAUAUCCUUAUGGAUGCAGUACAUACUGAUAGUACAGUAUACUGUAUAUCCUUAUGGAUGCAGUACAUACAGAUAGUACAGUAUACUGUAUAUCCUUAUGGAUGCAGUACACACUGAUAGUACAGUAUACUGUAUAUCCUUAUGGAUGCAGUACACACUGAUAGUACAGUAUACUGUAUAUCCUUAUGGAUGCAGUACAUACUGAUAGUACAGU